AUGUCAAAUCUGCAACCCACGGCCUCGGGGCCUCAAGAACCGGGCCUCCGCGUCCCCAGCAACGGCAAAACCAUCUAUCACCGGCCCCUAAACCGCACCAAGACCGCCGAACUAAGCCAAGCCAGCUUCGCCUACCUCUUCAGCGAAAUGGUCACCUACGCACAAAGAAGAGUAAAAGGCAUUCAAGAACUGGAACAACGCCUCAACACGCAAGGACACUCCAUCGGCCUCAAACUCCUCGACCUCCUACUAUACCGCGAGCCACCACGCUCCCAGCUCCGCCCGCUAAGCAUAAUCGCCCUCCUGCACUUCAUCAAGCAGAACGUCUGGCAGCACCUCUUUGGCCGACAGGCGGACCGGCUGGAAAAGUCUAAUAACCCCGACACGCCAGACGAGUACAUGAUUAUCGACAACGAGCCGCUGGUGAACCAGUACAUCAGCGUGCCGCGGGAGAUGAGCCAGUUGAACUGUGCGGCGUUUGUGGCCGGCGUGGUGGAGGGGGUUUGUGAUGGCGCGGAUUUCCCGGCGAGGGUGACGGCGCAUACGGUUGGGGAGGGGGACAUGUGGCCUGGCAAGACGGUGUUUUUGGUCAAGUUUCGGGGGGAGGUUGUUGAGCGGGAGGGUUUCUUGGGGAAGAGCUAG